CAAAUUCGUCUUGAAGAUCGGAGAUGCGGAGCUGUGUGAGGGUGGCAGUAUGGCUGCGAAUAUGAGCAUCAGCCUCUGCGAUGCUUUGGGGAGUGCGUGUAGCGAAUUGAGGGGCCGGAAGGGGCGCAAGGCGCUGGAAAGAAAUGCCGGAGCCGCUCGUGGGGGGAAGUGGAGUCAGGCGAAGAGGUGUGCUGAUGGUGUGCUGCGAUGAUUUCCGCUUGGUGCCCGCCGCGGUCGCAGUGUUGGUAUUAAGAGAGAGAGGUGUACGACUAGAGAUCUUCUUUGCUGGCGUGAGGAGUGGCUUAGUCGGAGAAGCCAGGAAAACUGUGGCGUCCGAGUUUUCCGGAGUCAGAGGACGCGGUUUAAAUGGCGAUUGUUGAAACAUAGCGUCGGUAGGAUGUCUACGCAGUGGCGAAGGUGUGAGCAUGGGUGAAUCAUAGGUUGUUCGUGGCGGGGUAUGCAUGGAAAGCAUCGCGUCUGGCAAGAAAAGGGUGGGAAGAGAAGUGGGUCCAGUCAACAAACUCCAGUCACAUGCGCGCGUCGCAUGGCAAACAAUUGACAACUUAGUCCCCCAAUUAUUACAUCUGCUUCCAUGGAGGGCCAGGCAUGACACACAUCGAUAGUCCAUGGCCCUCCAUGGCAAUCGAAUGGCCCGGGGCUGACUUGGUCUUUUGUUAUAUAAAUAAAUUGCCGUCUUGUGGGAGACAAUAAGAUCUCUCCCGAACCACGGUCUACCAGGCCCAAAUCGGGAUGACCGAGACAGAGUCAUUUAUGGCCCAUGAAUGGACGAUGCAAGUCAUUGUUGACCCCCCACCAAUACCUCGAAAUCACUCGCUGGUGCAAUUCCGGCCUCUUCAGCGGUCCGGGAUGUCAAGUUCAUUUCUGAGUCAUACUCUCCCACACAAGAUCUAGCUCCCAACCGGUUAUCAGAGUACUGGAUAGGGUGUUCUGGCUCAUCUUUCCCGCCAUCUCUUUCCUCUUACCACCAUGGAUAUCUCUUCGAUCCUACAGGGUGGUUAUCAACACCCUCUCAGUCGCCAAUGGCAAAGUCGACGGCAACUGACAAAAUCCAUGCUCAUGUACCCUAUCUUCAUCACCGAUGACCCCAACGCCAGCGAUGAGAUUGCCACCCUUCCAGGUCAGCGCAGAUGGGGCGUCAAUCAGCUCGAAGGGUUCUUGGGCCCUCUGGUGAAGAAGGGCCUCCAGAGCAUAAUCCUCUUCGGUGUGCCUCUUUCGUGUCCAAAGGAUUUCCGUGGAACUCCCGCCGAUGAUGAGGAAGGGCCGGUCAUUCUCGCAAUCAAGAAGAUUCGCACCCUUUUCCCAGAUCUGUACAUCGCUUGCGAUGUUUGCCUUUGCGAGUAUACUGACCACGGCCACUGUGGCCUACUGCACAAUGACGGGACGAUCAACACUGAGCCUUCAGUAGAGCGCAUCGCGGAGGUCGCCCUCAAUUACGCCAAAGCUGGUGCUCACUGCGUCGCACCUAGCGACAUGAUGGACGGGCGCAUUAAAUACAUCAAGCGGGCACUCAUCGAUGCUGGCUACGGGAACAAGUGCACCCUGAUGUCCUAUUCAGCCAAGUUUGCCUCCGCGCUCUAUGGGCCUUUCAGAGAUGCUGCUGGCAGUGCUCCAUCAUUUGGCAACCGCAAAUGCUAUCAAUUGCCACCAGCUGGCCGUGGGCUCGCCAGACGUGCCAUUGUGAGUCUUCGCCGGAUCCUUCGAUCUGGAUGGCUCAACUACUCACAGCAACGGGAUACCGCUGAAGGCGCUGACAUAAUCAUGGUCAAACCUGCCAUGCCGUACCUCGACAUCAUUGCUGAUGCAGCCCAAUUGGCACCCGACCAUCCGCUGGCAUGCUACCAAGUCAGCGGAGAAUUCGCAAUGAUCCAUGCGGGUGCUGCUGCUGGAGUUUAUCCUCUUCGUGACUUGGCUUUCGAGUCUGUGGACGGCAUGCUCCGUGCAGGUGCGACUCUGAUUCUGACAUACUUCACACCCGAUUUCUUGGAAUGGUUGGACUAGGUGGUAGUCAAUCUAAUCAACAACUUGUAUUGCCCACAGUGUAAACCAAGUAGUAAAACGACUGUACGAAUAUGACACGUGCUUGCGUAUCGCUCCUACGUCAUCGCUCCAUACUUGUCCCACUCUUCCAUGACCCUGACGAAGAUUGCUUUCUUCGCGCUUUCUGGCGUGGUACUUGUCGGGACAGUGUACUCUGUCACGAAAGAAACGUACCUGGAUACAUCGAAUCCCUUGCUUGCCCAUCUCCCUCAUCCAUUAGGCAAGACCCACUACUGGGCCAACAAGGCCAAUCCAUUGAACGUGUACUUCAUAAAAAAGGCAUGGGCAUGGACAUCAGCUGCCUUCCUCUUCCUCUGGUCUACCGGCCCUCCCUCCGCAAGAACUUUCACACGUCUCAGUCGCUGGUUCAUUGCUACCGCAGUAUGGCUCGUCUUCACCGCCUGGUUUUUCGGGCCAGCCCUGUUUGAGCGUAUCACCCUCGCAUCCGGAGGCGAAUGUCUCGUCAGCCUUCCGUCCGGAGAUUACGUCUCCGUGCCUCCAGAACUCUGCCACGCUCGGACUGCGGUGUCACCUGCGACGCAUCCCGCGCUCUUCGUUGAAACCGCAUCGUUCGCGUUGUCUCCAGAUUGGCUCGCCAUACCCCGUAUACGGAAAGGACACGAUGUUUCCGGACAUAUCUUCCUCCUGACGCUGUCCAUCUUGCUGCUCGCACAACAACUCUCCCCAUCUUUUUCCGCGACGCGCUGGUCCACACCGCAUACCGUGGCCGCGUAUGCUGGUAUCGCUCUGGUCGGCAUCUGGCUAUUUGCGAGCUGGACAACCAGUCUUUAUUUCCACUCCCCCGGAGAGAAACUUACAGGAUACUGUGCGUGCCUCCUUCAAGUCCUGUUUAAUCUGCCACUAACGAUCCACCAGUGCUGGGCGUCGUGUCGUUCGCAUUAACUCAGGUUUGGGGCAGCUAAUGCCGUGUAAUAUGUACCAAGUCUCCAAGUAAUUGUCCCUGUGCUACAACAUUGCUAGAACAUCCAUAGGGCAAACGCCCAAAUCAUCAAAGCGGGCAUAAAUAUACCGAAAGAGUCGACGACAGUGGCCCACCAUAUUCCCUUGCGACGCAGGAGCAUGUCCCCAUCUGCGCCAGGUGCAAGAUAGGAAGCAAGGUCGUGGAAAGAGGCCCAGGUUGGGAUGGAGAGCGUCAUUCUUCUCCUUCUCCCAGCCAAGACAAACGAGGAAGACCAGGACCAGCCACGCAAUGCUGUGGGCUUGAGAUUCCCUGCGACUGGCAGCACGAAUUCGGGUGAGCUCCAGUCUUCCUGGUGGUGAUCUUGGCGCUGGAAGGCGUAUUGUGGAGGGAAGAGACUAUCCUCCUCUUCAUCUUCAGGCGGGAACAACAUUGUCGGCCCCAGCACGCCAGGCGUCGCCAACGGGGUCGAUGGACGAGAAGCAGCUCGCAUCGUUGGUCCGGGCGAUGCCCCGUUCGGGGUGCGCAAUGUUGAUGGCAGAGCGGAUCGAGGGCUUGAAGCCACAGGUGGUGUGAACGGAGACCAGAUGGCAGAGCUUGGAUGAAGCGGAGUGGCUGUUGCAGCACUGCUCAACGGCGAAAGGGGCACUGCGGGCAGUGGCAUGUGCCGUAGACGACGGGAUCUCUGCAAAUUGAAAAGCACCAAGAACAGAACCGUGCCGAAUGCGAAUGUAGGGUACCAGGACCCGCUCAGGGAUGUAUCGGGGAGAAGACAAGGUGCGUCUGCAAAAGACUUGCCCCCUGGCAAUGGAUCGACGACAGAAACCAAUUGGAACCCGGGUCGUCGGAUGUGGCUAGACUUAGAAAAGGAUUUUAUCGUCACCUCGUGGAUGGACAGCGGUGUAUCGGCUGGGUCGACGGUUAUUGUGUGAUUAUAUUCGCAGUAGUCUCUGUUAUCUCCACUGGAAAUUGGGCGUGAGGAUUUUCUAGAUACUAUCGUGAGCUUACGUACCUGAAAACUCCCAGUGGUCGCAGUGUUUUCAACAAGAACGCGGUGGUUUGCUUGCCCAAAGUGUUUUGGAUGCACGAUCAGGUCUAGAUAAAGGAAUAUGAGAUAGCAGAAAAGUUGGUCGUCCCGCUGAGAAGAUGAUCAACAACUGGAGAUGUCGAAAACGUUGCAUAUCACCUGCGGAAAC